AUGGUGCGGUGGUCGUGCGCGUACCCUUGACGCUCGUCGACUUUCGUUCGCCCCGUCGUCGCCCACGGUCGGUUCCUCCACCCCCUUCGCCCACUCGCCGUUCAUCGGUCGCAGUAACUUGUUGAUGACCGCGGUAUAAGCAGUGGUCCCGUCACCGUCGUAAGUCAACGUCGACGCGGUAACCGCGGGUUUUCGUCCGUUUUUUCCACCCCGUCACCGUCGCCGCCAUUGAAAAUAAUAUUAUUUAUAUUUUACUAUUUUAUAAUUAUUGCAAUACAAAUAUUAUUUAGUAUCGUUUUUAGUGAAAUAAAAUAAUAAUAAUAAUAAUAAUAAUAGAGAAAAUUGUAAUAUGUUAAUCCUUGUGCGUUUCGUUUCUUUUCAUUGCGCUGUGCAACCACUAUUACUACUAGUGCAGUCUCUCGUAUCACGCCGUCCUUUGACUAACGGUUAUUGUUCACCGACAAUGAUUACGGGAUGCGGAAUAAUAUGUCAUUGGUCAUCGUUGAUGAUGAUGACGACGACGGCGACGACGGCGACGGGAGAAUAACGUUCGCCAGAGGGAUAAAAGGAAAUUAAUUGUAAGCACGUGAGUCCGUGAAAUAUAAUCUUCCGAACAUGUUGCCGAUCCGUUUACCAAAUACGAUAUUGGCAAGCCGUCGCCAGCAACCACCUACACCUAGUCCAACAGAACCGAAAGUACAAGUACGGCCAUUAACCAAAGAUUCGCUAGAGACUCGACAACACGUAUCAACAUCUGUUGGAUACGGAUACCAAACUCGAAAUAAAGUGUGCGUGCUCGAUGGGUCUGUGUUGCCUAGCAAAUUCGAACCGUUUCCUAAUGAAUUAUAUGGUAUGCCACUUGAAGAAAUUGAUAAUUUUAUAUUCGAUGAGACGUUUUGUGUGGUAUCUAAAAGGUUUCGGAAGAAUUAUAUACACCGUUUCACUGCCACCAAGUCUUUCUUUAUGUUUUCUCCUUGGAACUCAUUUCGACAGCUGUGCAUAUACAUUUCUACCAACCAAAUAUUUGACUAUGUGGUUAUGACCACAAUAUUGCUCAAUUGUGUCUUCCUAGCAAAAACCGAUUCAGUCGAAGAAGCUGAAUAUAUCUUCUUGGCCAUUUACACGGCCGAAAUGGUUAUUAAAACCAUAUCUAAAGGAUUUAUACUAAAUAAGUAUACUUACUUACGAAAUCCAUGGAACUGGCUUGAUUUCAUCGUCAUCACUUCAGGCUACGCCACAAUUGGUAUGGAUGUCGGGAAUUUAGCCGGGUUGCGUACCUUUCGUGUACUCAGAGCUUUAAAAACCGUAUCUAUAAUGCCAGGUCUCAAGACGAUCAUCAAUGCUUUGUUGCACUCAUUCCGACAAUUAGCUGAAGUCAUGACAUUAACUAUAUUCUGUCUUAUGGUAUUCGCUCUGUUUGCACUUCAAGUAUAUAUGGGUGAAUUACGGAACAAAUGCGUCAUGAUCAAUGAAGGCAACAUAAAUUGGCUAAUAUGGAUAAAUAAAGAGCAAAACUGGCUGUCGGACGACGAAGGUAACCCAAUACUGUGCGGCAACGUUACCGGAGCGAGACAUUGCCCAGUUGGUUACGUGUGCAUCGGCGUUGGCCCUAACCCCAAUCAUGGAUUUACGAAUUUCGAUAAUUUCCUGUGGUCGAUGUUGACUACGUUCCAGCUAAUUACACUAGACUAUUGGGAAAACGUGUACAAUAUUGUAUUGGCGACAUGUGGCCCAAUGAGCGUAAUAUUCUUUACAGUGGUGGUAUUUUUCGGUUCGUUUUACCUGAUCAAUUUAAUGUUGGCCGUGGUUGCUCUGAGCUACGAGGAAGAAGCGGAAAUCACACAAGAGGAGAGGCGAAAAGACUUGACGGAUUACCGAGACGAAUCUACAUUCAGUUUUGACCCAAGCCGUAUCCCUGUCAAGCAAUUGGGCAAAGACAAAAGCAAAAAAAAAGUAGAUAGCCGUAAGGGCGUACUGCUGUCGUCGGUAACGCGCAAACGGAAAAAAUCCCGUAGGCGGCGAACGAUGUCACAACAACGACUCCAACCGGAUCAUCUGCAGAAACAGCAGCAAUACACACCAAACGAUGACAUGACGGACGAAGGAGCCGCGGUCGUGGAGACCAAUGCGGAAACUGAAGAGACGACGGUGGACGCGUCGAUGGUAUUGGUCGGUGAUGGUGAUGUUAGUGGUGGUGGUGAUGAUUGUGGCGGUGGUGAUGGUAGUAUUGGUGGAGGUGGUGGUGUCAAUAAUUCUGCAAACGAUUGCGAGGACUCGGGAGGAAGUCGUUUUUCAACACCACGCCGGAAACCACCACUAUCGUCACCUGACCUCCCCAAGGCGCCUUCUCCGCAUCCGACCACCCCACCACCUCAACCGGAACCACCUCCCGAGACCAUUGAUACGACUUCAGUAGUCACCAAAUCCGCAAUUGCUGCCACUGACACUCUACGGCCAUGUGCUCUUGUCGCUCCUCAAGGUAGAGAACGGUGGUUACUGGGUAGUAGACAAGGUAGUGCAAAUACUAGUGAAGGGAACAACAGGGAUUCAUCACUGGACGACUCUGGUGUAGUGGAUGAUCAUGAUGAUGGAGAAGCUACAUCGCAAUCACAAUCCCAUCACACUUCACCGCAACCACAGCAAUGCGGAUACCAUCAGUUACCACAAAAUUCCACUGACGAUAACAGUUUAGCUGUAUCCAAAAACAUAAAAGUGAUCAAAUGCAAUGGGCUGAAAACAAAACCAUUUGGUCGCAACGGCGAGGCCGAAUACGUGUCUCAGGUGGUGGUUAUUGAUGAUUUAGUCGAUCGGAACUGUUCAAAUUGUAAUAGGAAUUGUAUUGACUACCAGACGUGGUUGAAAGUUCAAAACUGUUUACAUAAAGUGGUUAGAGAUCCAUUGUUUGAGUUGUUUAUCAUGGCAUGUAUUAUAUGUAAUACAAUAGUAUUAGCUAUUGAACAUCACGGGAUGUCACAAUAUGUACGAAAUAUAUUGGACGUUGGAAACAAAGUUUUCACAACUAUUUUUACAGUUGAAUGUCUAUUCAAAUUGAUUGCUUUAAGUAACGAGUUCUUCAAUUGUGGCUGGAAUAUAUUUGACAUGAUUAUUGUAACAGCAAGCUUACUAGAUUUAUCAUUUGAAAUGAUCGAUGGUUUAUCAGUUCUUCGUUGUUUGAGAUUGCUUCGAGUUUUAAAAUUAGCUCAAUCGUGGACGACCAUGAAGGUACUCCUAAGCAUAAUUAUAUCAACAAUUGGAGCUCUCGGUAAUCUAACAUUUGUGUUGAUUAUCAUCAUAUACAUAUUUGCGGUUAUUGGUAUGCAGUUGUUUUCAAAAGAAUAUAUGCCAGAAAAAUUUGAUCCUGAUCCUGUACCGAGAUGGAAUUUCUCAGAUUUUUUUCAUUCAUUUAUGAUGAUUUUUCGAAUUCUGUGUGGUGAAUGGAUUGAACCCUUAUGGGAUUGCAUGAAAGCCGAAGAGAAAGAGGGUUUUGGUAUAUGUUUCGCUAUAUUUUUACCUGCAUUGGUGAUGGGAAACUUCAUGGUGCUCAACUUAUUUUUGGCUUUGUUACUAAACAGUUUCAAUUCUGAAGAAUUAAAAUCGAAAAAAGAGCAAGGUCAACAAGAAGUAGACGAAGAAAUGGCUCAUUACAGAGAAAGAUGGGCCCAUCAUGUUAGAGUAAUCAGUAACAUUUGCCAUAAGUGUAGAAAUCAAAAUUCGUCAAGAAGGUCCUCAAUCUCUUUAUCGAAUAUCCCAAGAGAUACAAUAGUAUCCCUUGUAGAUUAUGAGGAAGUCGGAGAUGGUUCCAAACUAGAAAGAAGUUUCGAACGAAUUCGUUCAAUUAUUAGAAAACGAAAGCGUCGACAAUCGCGAACUGAAACUUCUAGCUGUGAUACUUCCGUAAAUUUCAAAUUGGAGAACACAGUUAGGCAAUUAAUGCGAAUAAAAAAUGAAAAGAAAAAAUUGAAAAUAGAAACCGUCAAUGAAACGAAUGAUGAAACAUAUGAGUGCCAACCAAGCUGUGACUACGACAUAGAAAUGACUAAUAAAUGCACGGAAUCUGAUCAAAAUGAUGGAACAACAUUAGUUCUUAAUGCUGGAUACUUGGAUCAACAAGAAAAGACUGAACGACAAAUUCAACGAGUAAUAACGGAAGAUUCUUCGGAUACAGAUUACCAAAUACCAUUCACGACACAACAGGCUCCAGUACUUAAUGGUCAGGAAUCAACAUCUGAUGACCUAUUAUAUCAUCAAAUUAUGCAAGAUGCUAUGUGCUAUGCACCAACUUUAACAAGAGAUUUGGAAUUACCAAUAUUAGAUGAAACAUUCGAGCUACCUGAACAUCAUCACAGUAGCCCACCGCCCGCUGGUAUACAUCGUAGAUCAUACAUAUUGGCCACAAGACAAGACAGCAGUAAAGAUGAAAUAGACGAACAAAAUAAAAAUGUUUUAAAAAAACAACAACAAAGUGACACUAUAACAAUAGAUGAAAAGUCUAAAAAAAAACCUUGGAUAACACUUGUAUCUUAUGUGGAUGAAUUGACUGUGGGUGGAAGGAGAGAUUCAAAAGGAAAUUUUGUAGAUGCAGCUCCCAGUUUUCCAGGGUUCGGAAGAAAUAAACAAUCAAAAGCACCACAAGAAUGUUUUCCUUACAGUUGCUAUCAAAGAGUCGGAAUAAAAAAAGAAUGGUUGGAUUAUUGUUUUGGCGACCGAUGGCUAAGAUUUCGUCAAAAAACCCUAAUCGUUGUAGAUACUCCGAUAUUUGAAUGGUUUAUACUUGUAUUAAUUUUUGCAUCAAGUGUAACUUUAUGCUUCGAAGAUAUUUACCUGGACGAAAAUAAAACGCUCAAAACUGCAUUAUAUUGGACUAAUUUUACGUUUUGUGUCAUUUUCACGAUCGAGCUUAUGCUAAAAUGGAUAGCAUUAGGAGUUUACAAAUACUUUAAAAGUUUUUGGACAGCUUUAGACUUUAUUAUUGCAAUGAUGUCAAUUUUUAGUUUAUUAAUUGAUGAAAACGAAAAUUUAAAAGUAUUACGGUCGUUGAGAACUCUUCGAGCAUUGCGACCACUCAGGGCUAUAUCUAGAUGGCAAGGCAUGCGGAUUGUAGUAAAUGCUCUGAUGUAUGCAAUCCCAUCAAUUUUCAAUGUUCUACUAGUGUGUCUUGUGUUUUGGUUAAUAUUCUCAAUCAUGGGGGUGCAGUUUUUCGGUGGAAAAUUUUUUAAAUGUGUGGAUGACAACGGAGAACGAUUAUCAGUAAAUAUUAUCAACAAUCGCAGUGACUGUAUGCUCCACAACUACACUUGGUUAAAUUCAAAAAUAUCAUUUGAUAAUGUCGGUAUAGCUUAUUUAGCUUUAUUUCAAGUUGCAACAUUCGAAGGUUGGAUGGAAGUAAUGGCAGACGCUGUAGACGCUCGUGGCGUAGACUUACAACCUGAAUACGAGGCAAAUUUAUAUGCUUACAUAUAUUUUGUGAUAUUUAUUGUAUGUGGGGCAUUUUUCACUCUAAAUCUAUUCAUUGGUGUAAUAAUUGAUAAUUUUAACAUGUUAAAAAAAAAGUACGAAGGUGGCGUAUUAGAAAUGUUCCUCACCGAAAGUCAAAAACACUACUAUACAGCCAUGAAAAAAUUAGGCCGGAAGAAACCUCAAAAAGUAAUUAAGCGCCCAGUGAAUCAGUUUAUGGCUAUAUUUUAUGACUUAUCGAAUUCAAGAAGGUUUGAGAUAGCAAUUUUUGUACUGAUUUUUUUAAAUAUGUUAACUAUGGGUAUCGAACAUUAUAACCAGCCAGAUUCAGUUUUUUUCAUAUUAGAAGUUUGCAACGCAUUUUUUACAACGGUUUUCGGAUUAGAAGCCUUAGUGAAAAUUAUUGGUCUUCGGUUUCAUUAUUUUACUGUUCCUUGGAAUGUUUUUGAUUUUUUGCUCGUCUUAGCAUCUGUUCUUGGUAUACUUAUGGAAGACAUUAUGAUUGAUUUUCCAGUAUCACCAACACUUUUAAGAGUGGUUCGCGUAUUCAGAAUUGGUAGAAUAUUACGAUUAAUCAAGGCCGCCAAAGGUAUACGAAAAUUGUUAUUUGCUUUAAUUGUAUCUUUACCAGCACUAUUUAAUAUCGGUGCAUUACUCGGUCUGAUUACUUUCAUAUAUGCUAUAAUUGGUAUGUCGGUUUUUGGUCAUGUUAAAAAACAAAAAGCCAUUAACGAUAUGGUAAACUUUGAAACGUUUGGUAGGAGCAUGCAACUGUUAUUCCGAUUGAUGACAUCGGCAGGGUGGAAUGAUGUACUUGAAUCAUUAAUGGUACAACCACCAGAUUGUGAACCUGAAGCUCGAGGACUUCCGAACGGCAAUUGCGGACAUCCUAUUCUCGCGAUCACUUAUUUUACUAGUUUUAUUAUAAUAAGUUAUAUGAUCGUAAUAAAUAUGUACAUAGCUAUUAUACUGGAAAACUUUAACCAAGCUCAUCAAGAAGAAGAAAUAGGCAUUGUUGAAGACGACCUCGAAAUGUUUUACAUACGAUGGUCUAAAUACGAUCCACAUGCUACACAGUUUAUAGCAUUUAAUCAAAUUUCAGACUUCAUUGCAAGCUUGGAUCCGCCAUUAGGUAUAUCUAAGCCAAACAUCGUGGCUUUAGUCAGCUUCAAUUUACCAAUAGCAAGAGGCAAUAAGAUACAUUGUUUAGACAUACUACAUGCACUGGUCAAACAUGUACUUGGUCACGUUGAUGAAACGGAUGAAUUCAAAAAACUCCGAGAUCAAAUGGAUGUAAAGUUUAAAAAGCAAUUCCCUACACGUAAGGAACUGGAAAUUGUGUCAUCCACGCGUUUGUGGAAACGUCAAGAUAAAGCCGCAAGACUAAUACAAAGAACUUACCGAAACUUUCGAAGGCGGAAAAAAGACAUAACGGAUUUGUAUUCGGAUACUCAGUCGUCAAGCCCUGGAGGUUGGCAGUCACGUCUUUCGUCAUUUUUACAUGUUAAAGGCAUGUCAAUUAGUGGUAUUGGAGGUGGUGUCGGUAGUAGUUCUAGAGCUUCUUCCAGGAAAUCUUCCAGAGCGUCCGACGCAUCUGACAUAUCUGAACUCGGAGCAUCCCUCUGGCUUAACCUUCCAUUAUUUUUAUUAUCUGGAGCACAAUUAGAUACGGCAAAUAAAAAUGAUGAACAAUCGCCCAAGAAAAAAUCACUUGUCGAGGGAGGCGGCCCGCCCGUGCACAUCACGAUCAGCGAACCGUCACCGGAGGCGAAACCGUCCAACGCGCUGCUGCCACUGUCGCUGGACGACGUGAGCGGCGGCCCCGCGGUCGCCUCGGACCGGAACCGGAAGCAACAGCAGCACUUGCAGCAACACGCGACCAACGUGAGCAUCACCAUUACGGACGCGUCGCCGGACAGCGCGUGCGGCCCGAAACCGUUGCCGACCGGCACAGCCUGCACCGCGGCGGCUGCUACGGCGGCGGCGACGGCGCACACUAAACGGUUGGCGUUUCGGCGCGCGAGCGAAGUGAAAAUCGUACAGCACAAAGCGCUGGUGCACAGGACGUCGGAAGAUCCACCGCGCAGCUGAUGGAAAUGGUACCGCGUACGAACAAAAAAAAAAAAAAACCUACCGCUGCGCUCCUGUUGUUGAUGUUGUUGUUGUUGUUGUUUUCGUCU